GCAGAGAGAGAAAGAGUGCCGAGCAGUGCAGCAGAACAACGAUAAUCGAGACUCGAAACCCUGCCCCUCCACACCGCUGCUGGUGAUACGUUGGUGUACGGAGGUCGCGCGCGAAAUCCAGUCUUCCUCGGAGGUUGUCCAAGAGAACGCGCGCGAGCCCAGUCAAAGAUGUUGCUUCGCGAUGUGGCAACCCGAGGCUGAACCGCCCUUCCAGUCGCCCUUCAUCGAGAUAGGGGACGACGUCCAGAAGCUCAGCGUAAUCGAAAGCCUGCCACAGCUCCUAGCCGAAGAUGCUCAUGCCUGCAUCACGCGAGUGGUGCCUAAGAUACAACAGUCCUUAUCGACGGCCUCCCCCGAGUUUCACAUGGCUGCUGCGGUCAUCUACAAGCAGGUCUUGGAGCAGAGACUCGUCAGCCACUUGACAUUCACCGAGGUCUUCCUCCAAAGCAUCCUGAGCUCGCUCGACAGCCGGGAGCCCGCCAUCUCCCACGCAUGGCUAGAGACCGUAGUCGAUGUUAUCGAAUUACUGCCCGUGGACGUCAUAAGGCGCGAGAUCUUGCCGAUCGCGAUAAAGGAGGGCCGGAUAUUGGAGAUAGUUAAUUCGAGACUAACCUGCUGUCGGCUCAUCGGGAAAAUAGCCACGCGUUUCGAUUCUGUCUCCGUGCAAAAAGAGAUAUUGCCGAUGGUACAAUCGCUUUGCCAGGACAUAAAUAAGGACGUGCGCGCAUGCAUGUGUCUGCAGUUACGGCAUGUCGGGCAGAACAUGGGUAGCAAUAUCAUGAAAUUACUUCCUUUCCUGAUUGAGCUGGCCAAUGACGAGGAGAGCAACGUGAGACAGGCCGCUGUGCAGACAAUAGGUCACUUAUUACCUCAGCUUCAGCCAGAUACGAUAAAAGACGUUAUGAUCCCUCUUAUGAAGACAGCCUGUGAGAACGCUGUGAAAAAGGAAGACGACGUUGUUGGUGUGAUCGCUCAGGAAAUCGGCAAGCUAGCACAGCAUUCUGAAACUCACUUGACUCCGGCGGAGAAAACAUGGUUUCUUAAGUAUUUUAUACAACUUGCACGUAUGGGCACUGCUGUUAUAAGCGCUGACAAGACGAAACAAGACUUUUCAUUCAACAUUGAUAAUAAUAUUCAAACGAGCGAUAAAACCAUAGAAUACCGGCAAAAUUGUGCUUUUAAUAUACCAGCAAUGUUUCUGUUUGCUUUGUCGGUGCCAGAUGGAAUUCAUACGUUAAUUCCGACAUUUCAGAAUUUAGCUAACGAUUCGCAUUAUACGGUGCGACGAACCAUAGCCUGCAGUUUACACGAAAUUGUAAAAGUUCUGGGAUCAAAAAGUGGAUUAAUAAAAAUGGAAUUAUUGAAUCUACUUAAAGACAGUCACGAGGAGGUAUUGGAGAGUUUAAUUCCACACAUAUCGGAAAUAUUAGAUCGUUUAUUACAAAACCACUUAAUCGGAGUUGACAAUACUGAGUCCUUGACAAUAGAUUUAGGUAGAGCAUUAGUUAAAUGUGAAGUUAAGAUAUCGGCAACAUACAAUUGGAGGUUAUCCGUACUAAUGCUCAAUCAAUUUGAAACCUUACCAAAGUAUUUUCCCAAUGACUUUAUUUAUACGUAUUUGGUGCCUAUCGUUAAAAGUCGAAUAUUGCGCUCGAGACCAUUACCGAUUCGCAUGGCCGCUGGGAGGAGUUUACUAGUAUUUUUGCGAUAUAAUAUUAAUUUUCAGCAAAGAAUAGAAAUAAGGAACCAGUUGUGUAACGAUAUUGCUCAUAGUCCAAAUUGCUACGUGAGAAUGCUUUUUAUUCGAAUUAUGAUCGAGGGCUUGACGAUAUUCUCCUCAAUGUACUUUAAGGAGCACUUUUGUUCUACUUUAUUAAGUUUAAUGGACGACCCCGUUGCUAAUGUUAGAUUAAAAAUCGUUGCACUUGUUCCUAUAAUUAAGUCAUGUCUUAGAUUGCCGGCGGAUAAAAAACUCUUGUCAUCUCUAGAAACAAAUAUACGUAAUUUAGUGAGUAAUGAGAAGGAUAGAGAUGUGUCAGCUGCGUUAACCGAUGUUACAGAUCAAAUGGAGAGCAUAGAAGUUAGAAUCGAUAGUCAGCCUUCGCCUACGAAGCUCAGCAGGUAUGAUUCCGAUGACAUGAAGAAAUACGAAGAAGAGAAGAAAAUAGAUGGGAUGUUAAAUAGUAAAAGUAGUACAAAUACUAACACGGUUAUGAAAAAACGUUUAAUCGUGAAAAAAUUCGCUGCGAGUCAAGUAUUUCAUAUUUAUUUUCAAAUUUCAGCGUCUGACUAUCGACCUACAUCAACAAUGUCUAGAUCGCCCGUUAAAUCAAGCAGUAGUAAGGGAGGCUCGCAUGCAAACAAGGAAUUUUCAAAGUCUUCUUCAGCAAAGCCACCAUUAGUCAGACAGAAUGCACUAUCGAGUCAACAAUCGAAUCAACGAAUGCAUGAACAAUCCAAAUCAAGUACAUCUACUGACAACCUAACAUCAAACUGGUCAAGAUUUACGUCUAACAACUCGCAAUUAAAACCGUCUUGGGAUCGAAUGGCAUCAUUUUCUCAUAAUACUAAUUUAACUUCUACUAACCCCUGCUAUCAAUCUUCUAACGAAUAUUCAACUCAAAGAGUGCAAUGCAGCUGUUACGAAUUGGCUGACAGAAUCUUCCGAAGGCAGGCUUUGUCAUCAGACUUGAUUCAACAGAGCUCCUUUUCAAAUCUAUCCGAUUGUCCGUAUCUCAAUGGCUCUAACAAUUUUAAAGCUACGAACCCACUUCACCCGAAGCAUGAUUAUAAAUUUUCCAAUCUCUCUAAGCCUCCUUUAAUAACAAACAUUCGAGACGACAAGCAUGACAUAUGGCAAGAUCUAAUGUUAACACGUUCGAGUUUCGAUAGCAAGUACAGCAUGCCGAAUCUUGGCCAAUUCCAAUCUCAUUAUAAUCCAUAUUGGACUUUUAGUUCGAUGCCAAAAAUACCAGUUACAUUAGUAGACGAUGAGUUUAUGGUCGAUGCUGGAAUAAGGAUUCCGACGCAACUCACUUCCUCGCAGAGUGCCUCGAAGAUACCAAAUCUACAAGACAUUAUAUAUAGGAACAAAAAGGUAAGCAACACCGACAGGAUACGACGAUGUGGCUCGACCUACGAGAAGUCCAAGCCCACGAACUUUGGCUUGCCCAAGAGAUACUCAGUGGACUACGAGAAUAGUGGCAAAACGCUGCUGAUGCCACCCCCACCGGCAUCAUCGUCGUCGGCUAGCAGCAUGUCGAGCAGUACUCGCGACUCUAAAUACUGUCAGUCGGGGGUGGAGGAUCGUCAAGGUCAGGCUGGCGCUGGCCUCCAGGGCAGAGCGCGCUUCGGCUUCGAAACGAACGAGAGAAAGCUGCUGGAGGACAAGAGUAAGCGCGGCGGCCCGAGCAUCGUCGACAAGGAUAGAGGCAAGCUCCACCACACGAAAAGCGUCGCCGAGAAAAGCAAGCGACACUCGACGAGCUACAACUCUAAGCUCCCGGACACCAAGGACGUGAGACCUAAAUUCAAGAGGUACAGUAUGGAGGUGGCAGACUAUAGUCCGACUGCCGAACGCAAUACCGACGGCCGCGUACUCAGAAGACUUUCCAUCCUCGAUGUCAACCACAAUCAAGGCUUGAGUAAAAUUCCCGUCAGAAACAUCCAUAGUUCUGGGAGUAGGACAGCGCCUGGCACGCGAACCUCCAGCCCCAUCAGAGUCGAUUCGGAACUAUACGAUAAGCCAGGCUACUGCAGUGCACCGGCUUUUUCCCAAGACAGGCGUCUCCGGAGAUAUCGUUCGAGCGACGAGGAGGUCGAGAAGUUGUGUCAGAAAUUUUGACAGACUGCGGUUAAUGGGCGAGCGAAUAGUCCGAAAUAAAUACGCGGAUCGAGUAUUCACCCAAUCGAUUUCGCUAUACCAGUAUAGACAUAUCCAAGUGAUCUUCAUGGAAAAAUACGAGGAGAUGUACUUAUAUUUAUUAAGUUCCAUUUGGCUUUUCAUAAAGAAAGGAAAAGAAAAGAAGGAUGGCUUUGCAUUUGUCGUAUGUAC